AGCUGACACUAUUCUUCAGUCGCGUUUGAACAGUUCGUCGUUCCUCUUCUGGGCAUCACGUUUCCACAGUUUGCACAGUUUCCGCAGUUGGGCUCGGGGCUUGCUUGAACGUUGUGCGUGAGACUUGGCCGUGAAGCAUUUAGGGCCGUGAUUUGAACCUCCGAUCGAUCCUACUAGACACCAUGUUGGCACGAGGAUCCCGCCUGAUUUUGGGCGCCCAGCCCAGCUUGAGCUCGGUUUCGAGCCAUUGGUUCCACUCCGUAAGGGCCUCAGCCCAAACCCAGAUUCCGAGUUUGGCUGCCGCUCAAAGCUUGUCGUCCAAGUACAAUCUGGAAGCCCGCCGAGCCAAAUCCUCGGGCGUGACGGGUCAUGUCAUUGGCAUUGACUUGGGCACCACCAACUCGUGCGUGGCUGUUAUGGAAGGCAAGCAGGCCAAGGUCAUCGAGAACGCCGAGGGAGCCCGUACCACGCCCUCAGUGGUGGCUUUCACGCCAGAGGGCGAACGAUUGGCGGGCAUGCCGGCCAAACGUCAGGCCGUGACCAACUCGGCCAACACCUUUUACGCCACGAAACGGUUGAUCGGGCGACGAUUCGACGACGCCGAGGUCAAGAAAGACAUGAAAAUGGUGUCCUACAAGAUCGUCAAAGCUUCGAACGGAGAUGCUUGGCUUUCGAGUACGGACGGGAAGGUGUACUCGCCUAGUCAGAUCGGAGCUUUCGUCCUGACCAAAAUGAAGGAAACUGCCGAUUCCUACUUGGGCACCAAUGUCAAGAACGCCGUGGUCACCGUUCCUGCCUACUUCAAUGACUCCCAAAGACAAGCCACCAAGGAUGCCGGUCAGAUCUCGGGCUUGAACGUGCUCCGUGUCAUCAACGAGCCCACUGCCGCUGCUUUGGCUUACGGUAUGGACAAGUCCGAGGACAAGGUCAUUGCCGUGUUCGACUUAGGCGGGGGUACCUUCGACAUCUCCAUCCUGGAGAUCCAGAAGGGCGUGUUCGAGGUCAAGUCCACCAAUGGCAACACGUUCUUGGGAGGCGAGGAUUUCGACAAUGCUCUCUUGCAAUAUCUCGUGUCAGAGUUCAAGAAGGAUCAGGGAAUUGACUUGGGCAAGGAUGGCAUGGCCUUGCAACGCGUCCGAGAGGCUGCCGAAAAAGCCAAGGUCGAACUCUCCUCAGCCCUUCAAACCGACAUCAAUUUGCCUUAUCUGACCAUGGACCAAUCCGGACCCAAGCACAUGAACAUGAAGCUGUCCCGUUCCAAAUUCGAAUCCAUCGUUCAAGAUCUGAUCAAGAAAACCAUCGAACCGUGCAACAAGGCCAUGAAGGACGCCGAGGUGUCCAAGUCCGAUAUCGGAGAUGUCAUUUUGGUCGGAGGUAUGUCUCGUAUGCCCAAGGUCCAGGAGACCUGUCAAACCAUCUUUGGCCGCAAUCCCUCCAAGGCCGUGAAUCCCGACGAAGCCGUGGCCAUGGGAGCCGCCAUUCAAGGCGGUGUCUUGGCUGGUGACGUGACCGACGUCCUUCUUUUGGACGUUACGCCCCUCUCCUUGGGUAUCGAGACUUUGGGCGGGGUGUUCACCAAGCUCAUCAACCGAAACACGACCAUUCCCACCAAGAAGAGCCAAGUGUUCUCCACGGCUGCCGACGGUCAAACACAAGUCGAGAUCAAGGUGUUCCAAGGCGAGCGCGAAAUGGCAUUGGACAACAAGCUCUUGGGACAAUUCCAAUUGGUGGGCAUUCCACCCGCCCCGCGGGGCGUGCCCCAAGUGGAGGUCACUUUCGAUAUCGAUGCCAAUGGGAUCGUGAAUGUCCACGCCCGAGACAAGGGCACCGGCAAGGAGCAACAGAUCGUGAUUCAAUCCAGUGGCGGCCUGUCCAAGGACGAAAUCGAGAACAUGGUGCGCGAUGCCGAGGCUCAUGCUGAUGCUGACAAGGUCAAGAAGGAAAGGAUUGAGGCUGUGAAUCAGGCUGAAGGUAUCCUUCACGACACUGAGACCAAGAUGGACGAGUAUAAGGACCAAUUGGAUGCGGAAGAGGUCAGCAAGAUGAAGGAGAAGAUCCAAGAGGUGCGGGAUAUCUUGGUCAAGAAGGACGAGAUGGAGCCCGAGGAGAUCAAGAAGUCCGUGAACGACCUCCAACAAUCGUCGUUGAAAUUAUUCGAAAUGGCUUACAAGAAGAUGUCCAAUGAGCGCAAUCAAGACUCAUCGUCGUCGUCGUCAUCGUCCUCAGAGAGCUCAUCCUCCACUGAAGGUUCGGAGGAGAAGAAAGAUGAAGGAAAGAAAGAGGAUAAACAAUAAGAAUGACAAAGGCCCCCCAAAACCGCCUUUUCUGAACUCUGUGCAAAAUUCAUUCUUGACUAGAAACCAACGUCCCCUUGUCCUUUUUUCCCCCACAAGCUCAUCUGCCUCGAGAGUCUCAUUUGACGCAUUUGUUUUCGUCCCCGAUCUAAACGAGCUUAUUCCUUCGUCUCCAAGUGAAAGACACAAGUUUCAUUUUCUGUCCGUCAAACACUUGGCCCAAGGAAUGUCUGUUCUAGGACCUGCCCCGCUAACCGUCUCUCGUCAUUUUUUAUGUAUGAUAAAUCAUCUUUAGUAGCCAGUUCAAUUGUAUUGCGUCUGCUAAAAAGUGCUGAAAUACAAUUUCAAGUCUAAA